AUGGUACGAAGUCGUAAUAAAUCCAGUUGUACAAAUUCUUCUAUUAAUGAAAUUAAACUAGAGUUUGUUAACAAUGCAAAUCACAUUGGGAAUAACAGCGAUGAAGGUGGUUACAUAAAUAAUAAUUAUGAGAGAAGUAGUCUGAUAAGCGCACAACCAACUCAAUUGAUUCAUAUGGAGAGAGAUCUUGUGAAUGGCAAUAAGUAUCAGGAUAACAAUAAUAAUACUGAGAAGACGACCUCUUCUGAAACACUUGACUCAAACAUAUCUCAAUCAAAUCCAAUCGGUGGGGCUAACAUUGAUAUUGAACGGGUUAUCACAAUUCAGAGUUCUAAAGUACGCAGUAAUAAUAAUAAUAAUAACAAUAACAAUAUUAAUAAUCAUAAAAGUACAGAUAAUAACUUGACACAUUUUAAAACAUCCCAGGAAACAGUGUCUUCAACUCUUAGUCACAAUAACAACAACAACAAUAAUAAUAAUAAUAGUAAUUACUCUGAUGAACCAGACAGAUCGAUAUCAUCACCUCCAAUUUUAGCGCCUAAACCAAAAGCCUGUAGUACUGCUGAAAAGAUAUUACUAAAAGACAAGAAAAAAAAGAAAGCCUCCACACUGACAACAUCAGAAAUACGCUAUAUGAAUAGUAAGAUAUCUAGUAAUUUAUCAAGUGUUAAAGAUAUCAGUAGUUUAUUUUCAGUGGGAAAUUCAAACAAAAUUGAACAGUUGAAUGAUUCCACCGAGGUUGCUACAGAAUUAUUUCCAAAUUUAAUUCGAAAAAGGGAUACACCAAUUCCAAAUGUAAAAAAUUUAGUUAGCUACUUUUCAGAAUUAAUAAAAUUGCAUACAGAUGAAGAGAAACACUGUUCACCAUCGAUGUCGAAUAGUGUUAAUAAUCUUAGCCGGCUAAAGGGAUUCGACAGUGAAAUGACAUUGAAUCAUCGACAUGUCUUACGUGAAGAGGUUGAGGAAGGCGAGGUGAUGAGGGGAGAGGACGAGGAAGAGUAUGAAUUAGAUAUACCAACUAGUGUAUCACCAUUUCUACUUCAUCAUGAAACACCUACUGCACGUGAACGUCGGUUACAAGCCGUAGAAUCAUUGAGACGUCGUUCAACACUCCAUAUGAAAUAUGAUUUAUACAGAGUAUUUCCACCAGGAUAUAGUACAGCGUCAUCAUCAUUCCUGGAGAGAUUAGGUCAUCGAGUAGCGGCUGAGAAUAUGACUGAUUGUUCAAAUAACAAUAAUAAUGAUAAUCACAAUAUUAACAACAGUAAUGGUAAUAUUUGUAGAGGUCUUGAUAACGACCCUAUUCGUCGACCACUUUCUGCACCGAAAUUCCAAGUACGCAUGCAAGCAAAUUUACAGAAAGACUCAACAGCUAUUGCAGCUCAAUAA